CGUCUUUCCCUUUUUUUUUUUCCUACAAUGCCAAAAUAUCAACAAGUUAGUACAACUGCCAACGAUGAACAAAUAGAAUCCAAUCAUUCUUCAUACAACAGCAGUAAUAGCUCUCCGACAACAUCGCAACGUAGCAACUCGGCUCAUUUUUCAACUACACAACAACAACGACAACAAACCGAUCUAGAAGAUACAUUUGGAGAAAGUUUUGAAGCAGAUGAAGAAGACGACGACGAUAUACAUCAUGAUGAAGGACGAAGAUUACUACAUUCUUCUUCUUCUUCCUCACGUUCACCACCGAACAUAUCAUCACAGCAAAUACAACAACAACCAGCAGUUUUAUCAAUGAACUCUACGAAUGAUGGAGUAUUCUCCAAUAUGUCUGCAAAACCCGAGUCUGAUAGCGCCAAAGUCGAUGAAACACCUCCAGCUUAUGAUGUUGCAAUUGCUGAUGCUACUCCUCCUUAUUGGCAAACGACGGUGAUUGCCCCAUUAGGAAUGGGUGAUGUGAUCCUUGUGGAAGGUUUACCUGUGGGUUCUCUCUUGGGAUUUGCUUGGAAUUUGUUAGUAUCUGCAAGUUUUCAAUUUGUUGGAUUUAUGCUGACUUAUUUACUUCAUACUUCACAUGCUGCCAAGAAUGGAUCACUUGCUGGAUUAGGUGUUUCUUUGGUUCAAACUGGAUUCUAUAUCCGAAGUAGAGAAUCAUUGGUAGAUGAUCCAGAUAUGGACGACAACAAUGGAAAACAUGGAGACCAUAGUGGGGAAGAUUACGAUGGAAAAUUCGAUGCUGAUAUUAUCUCGUAUAUAUUGAUGAUCAUUGGGUGGUUUUUGAUCAUUCGAUCCAUAGCUGAUUACACAAGGGCGAAGAAAAUGGAAAGCAUCAUUGGACAAGAACCGACACCUGAAACUAUUGUAUAGCAUUAGAUAACAUUAGAUAGCAUUUUGAUUUACUAUAACUACCCUUUACCAUAUCUCCUUACUGUUUCUUCAUUGAAUCUGUAUAAUAAUAAUAAAGUCUUUCUCAUCAUCCUCA